CACUCUAAUCUCUCCGUCUCCGACGUUCCGCUUCUCCACUCUUCCGCCGGAUUCUUCCCUCGUCUCCGACUACGGCACUACUCAAUCAGCGACUCAGCGGCGACCGUGAAUUUUUACAUAUUUGGUUAGUUUAAUUAUUUGUCUUUAACAAUGAAGUCUCUGACUCUCUAGAUUAAUUAGUUUAAUUAUUUGUCUUUAGUAAUUUUUUUGUACUUUACUACUAUUUCUGAUUCUGUUGACUGCUGCUAGCCUGCUACUACUAAUUUUGCUCCAUGUUCUUUAUUUUUAGCAUUGUUAAAACAUAAUUGAUCUUAAAACUAUCACCAUUGUAAGUUUAAAUCACGACAGCUCUACAUUGUUUCUAAUCCUGGGUACUGGACAAUGUUUCAAUCAUCAUUGUAAGUUUCAAUUCGAAACAUUUAGGUUUGUGAAAUUAUUUGUUAUUCUUUCGGUUUUUCGGUAACCGACGGUCAUAGUUCAUAGUUGUGGUUGAAAACUAGAGUGGAAAUUUAGUAGAGUGUGCUUCUUGAGUUUUAUUUCAAUCAUGUUAUUUUACUCUCAUUUUAUGUUUCAUCAGACACUAAUAUAUUCGUAUAGUUUUAUCAUCUUAUCCUGAGUUCGAUGCUUCUAUUGUUUGUUUGAUCGUUUGUAAAAGAGGUAUGGUGUGUAUAUGGCAUAUGGUGAUCAAAUCUGCAGCUGCUGCCACCAAGUGUGAUUUGCAAUUCAACCUCGCACUGGUGUGGCCCCCUCCUGUGGAAGAGGACAAUGAAAAUCUUACAGAGACUGUUUGUAAUCAGCAGUAGGAAAAACACCUCAAAUACAUCUCCACUUUCAUUUGGGCCGUUCAACUCUGCCACUCAAAUUCGAUGGAAGAAGCCAGCGGAUACUGCUCAAACCCGCCUUGAGAAUCGCAUCAGAGACUUGAAGCUCGACUGUAUUACGGCCCAGCACUGCCAACUCAAUCUCGUCCUCAACCUCCAUCGCCUCGUCUCUGCCAAAAAACGUGGCCAUUUCAUCUCCGUACAGUCCCUCUCUAAGUGGGCACCGCAUGCUGGCAUCAAAACCCUAACCGCUGGAGCUCUCCUAAGGAAAUACCCUCAUGUUUUUGAGGUAUUUACGCACCCUGCCAAGCAUAACCGAUGCUGCAGGUUUACUUCGAAAUUUGUCGGACUAAUAAGAGAAGAAGAAGAUAUAAUCGCUCAACUCGAAGAAGAAGCUGUUAUACGAAUAAAGAAGCUUUUGCUCAUGUCUGUGAAUGGCACCCUUCAUUUGCAUGCUCUUAGAAUGAUUCGAAAUGAAUUGGGUUUGCCUGAAAAUUUUCGAGAAUCAAUAAUUAGAAAGUUUGAAACGGAAUUUAAAAUGGUGGAUUUAGAGAUUGUGGAAUUGGUUGACAGGGACACUAGGAGUCCAUGUUUGGCUGCUGAGGUUGAAAAGUGGAGGGAGAAGGAGUAUACAGACCGAUGGUUAAGUGAAUUUGAGGUCAAAUAUGCUUUUCCCAUCAAUUUCCCAACCGGUUUUAUGAAAGCACCUGGUUUUCGGGAGAAAUUGAGGAAUUGGCAAAGGCUUUCCUAUGUUAAACCUUAUGAGAGAAUGGAGGUUGUUAAGUUGCGUACUUGUGGAGGGGUGGAACGGUAUGAGAAACGAGCUGUGGGAAUUAUUCAUGAACUUUUGAGCUUGACCAUAGAGAAGAUGGUCCCAGUUGAGAGGCUGGUUCAUUUCCGCAAGGACCUUGGGAUUGAAGUUAAUAUCCGAGAAUUGCUUUUGAAGCACCCAGGAAUUUUUUACAUAUCCACCAAGGGAAAUACCCAACUUGUUUAUCUUAGAGAAGCAUAUAGUAAAGGGUCCUUGAUAGAGCCAAACCCAGUCUAUGAUGUAAGAAGAAAAUUGUUGGAGCUUAUGUUGAUGGGAAGCCGUAACACUAGAGAAUUGAAAUUACAAAGGGAAGUGAAGGAUGACAUCGAUAAUGUUAAAGCCACUGAAAACAGAAGUAGCAGUGCAGAUGAUGACUUUGUAAUCCCGAUUCUAGAGAGUUUUGAUGAUCAAUAAGCUAAAAUCACUCUGACAAAGAAUCAGUGCUUUUGUGCAAGAGCUAAUUUUGCAUUCUGAGAUUAUUAUAGGUGAAAAGGGGGAAUUUUGAGUAUUAGUUAUAUUUUCCACAACAAAUUGAUUUAGUGAUGAGCAUGCACCUAUUUUACCAGGUAAAUUGCUUCUUGACUAUGGUUCAGAAGGCCGCUUUUCCCAAUUUGCUGUUGGAAAAUGAUUUGCCAUGAACUUGCAUGGCUCUGCUACUGCAUGCAUCGAUGAAUUGCUGUGAACCAUAGAGUUUGGAGAUUUCUUGUUCCACUUCACACCCAAAGAAUGGGUAGUCCUGACUUGGCGAUUUAUAUUGUAGAUCAUGGUCCACAUUGUAAUAUGGACUAUGAAUAAAUGUAUAUUUUUAAUAUAUUGAAUCUAAAUUCUGUACUAAUACCAAAUGGACUAUGAAUAAAUGUAUAUUUUUAAUAUAUUGAAUCUAAAUUCUGUACUAAUA